CCCCCUGCCUCCCCCUGCCUACGUGAGUAGGAGUCACAUGACAACCGUGUGCCUACUCAGCCGCCGGACCUUUCCUGGCCUGUGUUCGGCGUUACCCUUGCGUACGUGAUGAUUAACGCUAGCUAUGUCAUGGAAUUAAAUAACUGUGCAUUCGGGGAAGGGUUGGAUUUUUUUUUAAAAAAGGUGUAUUACUGUAUUGAUUUGAUUUUAUUCCCUCAAUCUGCCAUAACCGCAUAAAACUCAUCAGUUAUAGUAGCAGUCCCGACAGCAAAAAAUAUACUGAGACGAGAGGGUCAUGAAAAGUGUUUCUAAUUCUCCCCCCUCCGGAGUCUAUUUUCCGAUGUAAAAUAUUCCCAACCUCUAUACUCUUUCAUUGAAAACAUUUUCUGACCUGACCAUUUUCUUUUCACUUUUAUCUAUAACGUUAACUUCUUAUGAAUUGCGCGGUUGUUUCCAUCUCCUCUGGAUGAUUUUUAAUCACUGCGCAGGGUCUGCAGAAUAGCUGACGAUGUAUUUCAUUGUGAACAAUGUCCGGUCGAUAUGCUUGUGGGCAAAGUUCCGAAUCAAUAUAACUUCAAAAAUUAUUAUGAAUCUAUUAUCGAGUGAUAUGUGUUUGUUACCUUUGUCCUUGUUACAUCAUGAGAAACUACAUUCCUUAAAACACAGUCAUUAAGCAGUGUCAUCGAGAUAACUGUGCUGUAAGUCCUGACUUCCCCCGCCCAAGGGCAAGGUCGCCUCCUGUUUUGUUCAGUUCCCUUGCGUGUACGAUCGUGUACGGACAGACAAAUCUCAUCAGCACGUCGGGCGUGCGCUCCGGAAGUAAAAGACGCCAAGCAGCGACACAGAGCUAACGUUCGAAACCGGCACUUCACUUUCGUUACAGUUUCGUAUUCGGGGAAGUGGCGACAAACGUCAAUAUGGCGCUACAACAAGAUCAGCAAAGUGCCGGGCGUUUUCCCCGUGUUUACAAGACAAGUCUGAUCAUCGGGCUGAGUGAACUGUGUGAGCGGGUGGCGUACUACGGGAUCGUGUCCAACAUGGCACUGUUUACAACCUCCCAUUGCUUCCCCCGCCUGUACCACGAGCCGACAAGCUUUACCUACAUCUUCACAGGGUUCGCCUAUGUGUUGACGAUCGUCGGUGGGUGGCUGGCUGACGCCGUGCUUAGUCGUUUCUGGACCAUCCUAGGGAGCCUGGGAGUAUAUCUUGUGGGUACGGUUUUCUUGAUUCUAUCGUCGUUCUUCUGUGUACAUCACGAGACGACCGACAGUCGUGUGCCGGUGUCCCUGUACGUGACGGGUCUGUGUCUGGUGGCCGUGGGCACAGGGGGGAGCAAGUCCAACUUAGGUCUGUACGGCGCAGGGCAGUACGGAGAAUACAGCGAGAACUUGGACCAACAGCUCAAGACGUAUUUUCACUGGUAUUAUUGGUGCAUCAACGUGGGAGGUGCCAUUGCUGUUUUAGGGGUGGCUUACCUGCAGGAAAUUAAUCCUCUGCUCGGAUAUGUGGUUAUCUGUGUCGCCGUAUUCCUAGCUGGGGUCGUGUUUGUGGUUGGGAAGCGCUGGUACGAACCGGAUGAAGAGAAAGAGGAAGUACUGUCUAUAGUGACGGGGAUCCUCCGUGCCUCCAGGCGGGCCCAGCGCCCGGUACAGCGGGCUCCCGGUGGCUGCAUGGAACGCUGGCUCGACAGGGCGAACGAAAGUCGUGCUGUAGAAGAAGUUGACGACGUCAAACAACUCUUCAGUCUGCUGUGGAUCUUCCUGUGCCUCAUCCUGUACUUCACACUGUACUCACAGAUGCGCACCACCUUCCUGUUCCAGAGCCAAAGGCUUCGCCUACCGAAAUUCGGCGGUACUGAAGGUGUAGAUGGCGUCUUCUUAAACGUCUUCAACGCCGCCACCGUUCUGCUGAUGAUUCCCGUCAUGCACUGGCUGGUGUACCCCUGGAUGGCACGGAUGGGACGUGAUCUUACUUCUUUGGAGCGAAUGGGGAUCGGCAUGCUCCUGUCGGUAGGUUCGAUCCUCGCGGCUGCUCUGGUGGAGGUCUACAGGCGUGACAAAGUCCAGGAAGGGAACUAUGUUACCCAGAACAUCAGCAGGAACACCAUGCGGGCUGCUGACAUGACGGUGUUCGUGCAGAUCCCGCAGUUCCUGCUCAGUGGCAUGAGCGAAGUCAUGACGAUGGUUACGGGGUACUACUUUGCUUAUACCCAGGCUCCUUUGCGGGCCAGAGGUACCGUGAUGGGACUAUUGCUGCUGAUGUGGGGCCUGGGGAGUUACGCCAGCCUGGGGCUCUCCGCUCUCUUCAACGCUAUCAGCUACAAAAUGACCGGUAAGCGGUGGUUCCCAGUGGAACUAAAUGACGGUCGCGCGGAAUGGUUCUUCAUCUUCUUGGCCAUCUUCAUGCUCCUCAACACCGUAUUCUUUGUUUUCCUCGCCCAGCGGUACAAAUAUAAGACAUACAGAUAUCGCCGCCUCAUGGCCGACAUUGGAACUCCAGCUGAGAAUUCUGUUCGCACCUGACUAUGAGGAGGUUUUAGAAGAACGCUCACGUUAUAUCGCUAUUGGGCUUAUUAUCAGCUUGGCGUUAGAAACAUGUACAUACAUGACGUCCAUUUGGAUUGAUUUCCGCCCGAAAAGUUGCACCUAAGCUCAAUAGAGAUCAUUUUGAUGUUCCUUGUUGUAUUUUCAUGGAAUAGUCAUACAACUCUUUAUAUACCAUACUAGUGCGUAUGUUAGCGCAGAAACAUCAAAUAAAACCAUGACCGCAUAGCUAGCAUGGCAACAGAACUGUGCGUAUAUACGUAUGUUAGCGAAAUAUUAUUAUAUAACUUUGUUCAGUAGAAUUCUGAUGUCACACGAGACCCAAUGCAGGUCACAGUACAGGUACGGUGUCGACGUCGUAUCGGCCAUGAGUUGUUGUGACGUUUAUGUUUUACAAGACGUGAGGUGACCUUCUUGUAGCACCAUGUAUGCUAGAGCAAGGUUUCUAGUUGUGUGUACUUUCAUGAAUUCAAUGAUCAGGUUAUGUUCGAGACGACAUUAUUUGGCUGUACAAUUUAUGACUAUAUUUGU